AUGGCCAUGCAUCGCAAAAUCGAACUCCAGUCCCCCGCGGACUUAACCUACCUCUACGCCAACACCGUCGCGCUCUCCCGACAGAAACUAGACCUUCAUCUUCCCCCGUCUGCUAACCAAAGCGAUGCACCGGAUCCGAUGCGCGAGCGUGUUCGUGAAUUAGUCGAUCAGUACAUAACCAAAACAUUCACCACCGCCUCCUCCUCAAUCAGCAUCAACGGGCUCGAUUCCUCCUCCGCCCAAUUCCCCUUCCCGGCGUCGUUCACGGCACCCACGGAAACAGUCGAAUAUGAACCCUACGAUACGCAUCUUGCGGCGCGCGUGACCUCGCUGUAUGCGCAGUUGGAGUCGUUGACGACGACGGUGGCGCAGGCGAGACGGGAUGCGCCACGGAAGGCGGCGAAGGCGUAUGCGGAGCAGCUGAGGAGGGCGAUUGAGGAGGAUGAGGAGGAAUUUAGGGAUGAUGAGGAUGAGGAUGGCGAGGGUGGGGAGGGGCAGGGAGAGGGCGUUGAUGGGGCUGCUGAGACGACGAAUACAGAGACUGCGAUGGAGACGGAUGAAACGGGGGAGAAGAAGGAGACCGACGGCCCGACUACAGGGGGUGAAGGUGCAGAUAUCGCGAUGCCGGAUGCAGAUGCGAACGCGGAUCAACAACCCCAGGACCAGUCCCAGUCACAGCCACAAGCGCAGUCACAAGAACAAGCACAAACACAAUCCAAGAAACGAAGCCGCGAGGACGGCGAUGGGCCUUCACGUCGGAAGUCGAAAGCCCGCAAGGCUCAAUGGGAUCUCAAGGUACCGCUGGGAACGGACCACGAGGCCGAGCGCUGGCGUACCGGCGAAGUGGCCGAGGUUUACGAAGACGCGCUGCGGACGCUGCUGCGACUCCAGGGCGAAGGCGACGAUGAUUCUGCGGCCGAGGGCUCGACAUCAGACGGAUAUGCGUUGGCGUCGACGGUUGGGAAAACGGAACGAGCGAGACAGGCCGUGGAGGUGGUCGAGAAGAAGGUGUGA